AUGUAGUGAAAUGACUUCUGGAAUAUGUCAGCGUCUCUUGGCCAAUCCCGACAGUGUCUACAGUACUGUCACUACAACCAACACUGCUUGCGUAUGUGUAGAGCAUGAGUUAAUGCACCAAAAAACAGUGCCUGGCACAAAGCAAAUGCUCUGUUUGCUCUUAUUUUCCUUAGUUUAUAGUUCACAGAAUGCUUUCACGUGUAGUAUUCCAUUUAAUCCUUACAACAAGCUGUGAGGAAAGGAUGGUAUAAUUACACCCGUCGUAUAGCUGAGGAAUUGAGGCUCAGGCUGGUGAAGUGACUUAGGCAGCGCCUCACAGCUGGUUAGUGUUUGGUGCUUUGACCAGAACACACACCCUUGGAGGGAGAAGGUGGCUUUUCCUCUAUGUUGAACUCCUGCUGUACCUUCCUCCAGGAUUACAGGGACCGGACGUCAAACAUGACCAGGAAGAUCUUCACCAACACCAGGGAGCGGUGGAGGCAGCAGAAUGUCAACAGUGCCUUUGCCAAGCUGAGGAAGCUCAUCCCCACUCACCCUCCAGACAAAAAGCUAAGCAAAAAUGAAACACUUCGCCUGGCAAUGAGAUAUAUCAACUUCCUGGUCAAGGUUUUAGGGGAGCAAACCCUGCAGCAAACGGGAGUGGCUGCUCAGGGAAACAUUCUGGGACUCUUCCCCCAAGGAUCCCACCUGCCGGACAGGACUCUCCUUGGUGACUACCAGGUUCCUUCACUUGACCCAAGCCCCAACGUUGUGUAAUGGGGCUCUGGCCGUAAUCACCCAGGGCAGCACUUGCUCAGAAGCCACUGGCCGUCGACAGCCUUUUGCAUGUUCUGGUAUCAACUUGAUGAAUAAUUUGUGAGGCAUGAAUUUAAGUUCCACAGGAGGAGGCUCAGGGACAGCUGAGCCGGAAAGGGGCCAUGAGGCUUUGGAGUCUGCCACCAGCCCGGGGCCUUUCAGGCAGAGCAACCCACCUCUAUUUUAUUUAUCCAGGAUCUGCAUAAGAUGUUGUUUGUGGGGGGAAAAAAAAAGAAAAAAGAAGGAGAAAAACAUAAGUUAAAAACAGGUUUGAAAACCAACGCUUUACUCAAUUUGUUUUCAAUUACAAGGAAGGAGUUUUCUCAUAACAGAUCUCAGAUGGAUGAGUAGAAAAUGCUUCCCUCGAAAUGUAUUUUAAAGUUUGUUUUGAAAAAUGAGAUAUAUGUGAUGGAGGGUGAAUGAAAUAAGGUUGAUGAAUGUGAAGACAACCCUCAUGGAAACCAACAUGAACUCCCUGCCGAAGUUCAGGGAAAAGACCCUCCUGACCUGUGAGGAUUACAGGAACAUGGCCAAUACAUGUGGAAGAGCUCUGUAUCCCUUAUCCCCGUGGAAAUACGAAGUGUUGCCUGUGUUGAGCCAUUUAUAUAUGUGUUAUCUCUAAAGCCAAAAGGUGGAUUAUAUCUGUGAGAGGAAAGGACUUGAUAAUUUAUGAAGUAGAGUUCAUAGUUUUCUUAUGAAAAACAGCUGAACUAGGUUAUCUAAACCCUUAGUUGCACAUGUCAGACAUUAAAACUUUUCAUUCAGCCUGAGUUUCUGCUAUUUAAGACCUGUAAAAUUCAAAUAUAAUUAUGAAAAUCCAAAUAUUACCAUUUAACGACUCAUUUGACAGCUUAGUUUAAACAAAAGAUCUAGAGUAGACAAUAGGAAUGUAAUACCAGACUUUAAUGAAUUAAUGAAUUUGUAAUUUGUCUUCCUUGCUAUGGAGCAUUAGCUCAAUCCUAUGCUGGGAGGGGUUGUACCCACUAGUCAAUGAAACAGUGUGGAUCUGGCAAAAGUACUCACAACCAUGUGCCACCCUGAUGAUUGGAUUCAAAGAUGGAUUCAAAGAUGAAUCCCAUAGCUGAGCCCAGAAUACAAAUAAUAGCAUUUGAUGGUCUCUGGGACAUUUGAUUUCCCUAAAGUUCUUGACAUAGCCUUGGUUUUAAAACCUUCUGAACCACAGGUAGGAAAUUGAUGGAUUUGCAAUUAUGGAUUUUCAGUGUGUACACAACAGAGGAAUUUAAAUUUCCUGCUACUCUAGAAAGAAGAUAUUGACUUAUGGAAGGUUGAAGCGAGCUUCUUUGGUUUGGUGAUCAGAAAAAAGCUCAAUGAGGCUUCCUCAGAUUCUUAUUCCCCCCAGAUAGCAAGGUCAUAAUGUCAUUGACAUCUAUACAGCAUUUACACUCGUAGCCCAGUGCAUUUCUCCAAACAAUAUUUUCCUUCUAGGUCCUUUAAACUGCAUUCUGUACACUUCCUAUGGGUCCAGAAUAGUCCAGGGAAACACAUACACACCAAUUCUAGGAGCCUUCCUCUGAAUGUGCAUUUCUUUCUAUGAGGUGAUGUGGACUUAAAUUUGUCCCCAAACUAACUGAUAGUACAGCUCAAAGCUUUGAUGACAGUUGUCAAUCAAACACUACUUACUCUCUCAUCUGGCAUUAAAUCAAAAUAACACUUUUGACAGCGUUUUUAAAAUUAGCUUCAUAUUAACAUGUUGCUGAGGAAGGCACAGAGGACCUCUUUGCCUGAAUGCAGGAUUUUGCUGCUCUCCUCAGAAUGAAUGCCCCCUUUUCUGCUAUUGGAGCCACGUCUGUGUGUACAGGGGGCUUUUCCACUGACGUGUAAGAGGGUGCUUCUGAAAAGUCGUGAGGAGAUUGAGUUAUCACUAAACUAUAUGAGGGGGAUAAUGACUUAAAGAAACUGCAGGAGAUUCCAUUGAUAAAUGAAUAAACAGUUAAAAUACUACUUGAUCUAAUUCACCUCUUAUUUUGUGAGCUUAGGUUUUGGUAUAUCAGGUUGUGUUGGGUUAAAGUGACUGUCAAAAGGAAUUGUAGGUACACAUAGACCAAAACCUUUAGCAAGGUAUCCAUGAGACUGGAAGCUAAUUAAAAAGUUACUCUGUAGUCUUCCUUGGUGUCUUAUAGUCAAGGCUUGGUAAUUGCAGUAGUAAGAAUAUAUGGUUAAAAUACAUUAGAGCUCACCGAUGGCAUAUCUCUUUAUGGAUCAUUUGAACCAAACAGAAAAGUUUAGACAGAUUAUGCCAUUUAUGCUACUCUGUUACUUGAAAAAAAUGUUCAGUCUCCUGUGGGCACUGGAAACUUCUGGAAACCAGGUCACUGAUUUAUAUAGAUCAUUAGAUUGGCUAGUUUUACUCCUCAAUUUACAGAGGAGAAAACAGGACCAGAGUGUUCUGAAGUGGCCUUCGGAGGUCCCAUGGACAGUUAGUGCUUGAUUUCCUGACUCUGUGUCCAACCUUUCUACAGCCCUGUUCACCCUCUAAGUAUUUUAGGAUUGAAAAUGGAUAAGCACCUUAUUGCUAUGCUCUUUUCAACAGCAUUCGGUAAUCUUCAUAUACCUUUUAAUUGAAAUUGAAUUAAUGUGCUUUAUAGAAUGUGAUUAGAUGUAUUAACCAAAGAUUUUUUUUUUGUUAACGU